CGCCCAGAGCCCCCAGAGCCCCCAGCCCGCUCCCACAGGACCCUCCUUCUCCGCUUCCCCAGACGGGACCCGCUCCAAACGAGCCUGCUCACCCACCUGGCGCAGCGGGACCUGCACUCCGAUAUCUCGCCAUGAAGCUUCUUGUCAGCUGCCAGCUGGCACUGCCCCUGCUGCUGUGUGCCAUGGUCGUAGGCAGUCAAAGCGUCAAUCACAAAACAAAUCUGCUUAAGAAAGGUUGCCACUGCCAGAACGGAGGCGAGUGUGUGAGCUACAAGCUCUUCUCCAGGAUUCACCGCUGUAACUGUCCCAAGGGAUUUGAGGGAGAGCACUGUGAAAUAGAUUCUCAGGAACAAUGCUACAAGGACAAUGGAGAGUCCUAUCGUGGGACAGCACAACGGGAUGAAUUUGGUCGGCAGUGCCUGUCCUGGGACUCAGUUAACGUGCUUAAAAAGCCGUUCAAUGCCAGCAGGAAAGAUGCCCUGCAGCUUGGGCUGGGCAAGCACAAUUAUUGCAGGAAUCCUAACGGGCAGGAGAAGCCUUGGUGCUAUGUGCAGGUUGGUCUAAAUCAGCUUGUCCGAGGUUGUGAUGUGCCUUUCUGCUCCAAAAAGAAACAAGAAUUCAAGUGUGGCCAGAGGAGAAGCAAUCGAUACUUCAAGAUUGUUGGUGGAGAAAGGAUGUCCAUCGAUUCCCAGCCCUGGCUUGCUGCCAUCUAUCGCGAGUCCAGGGGGGUGGAGAAAUUCAUUUGUGGGGGCAGUCUCAUCAGUGCCUGCUGGGUCCUCAGUGCUGCUCACUGCUUCACGGAACACGAAAAGGACCACUACUCUGUGUACCUGGGGAGCUCCAAUAUGAAGAUCAAGGAUGAGGAACACAGGUUUAAGGUUACCCAGUUGAUCCUGCACAAGGGGUACUACUCAAAGACCCUUUCCCACCACAAUGACAUUGCCCUACUGAGACUGCUCUCUGAUUCUGGGGAUUGUGCAGAACCCUCCGACGUCAUCCAGACUAUCUGCCUGCCAACUAGUAGUAGGGACCCCCCAUCAUACGCAGUCUGUGAAGUGUCAGGCUACGGGAAAGAAGAUUAUCGUGACUACAUGUACUCGAAUCACCUGAAAACAAGUAGGGUGAAUUUAAUUUCCCAUCGGGUGUGCCAGCAGCCCUCCUACUAUGGCUCUGAAGUGACCAAAAAUAUGCUGUGUGCAGGAGAUCCCAAGUGGGAAACUGAUGCUUGCCAGGGAGACUCUGGGGGCCCCUUGGUCUGCCGGGACCGAGACCGCAUGGUACUGUAUGGCAUCGUCAGCUGGGGAGAAGACUGUGCUGUGAAGAACAAGCCAGGAGUGUAUACUCGAGUUUCCCAAUACCUGCCUUGGAUCAGCAAUCAUACUGGCAUCAACACCUCACUCGACCCCAGAAGGGUCUACGGGUUCCUCUGAAGAAACCGUUGUAUGUGAAGAACCAUUCUUGGUGGCUUGGAGGUGUUGGUCUGAAAGGGGAAUGAAGUUCUGCUACCUUACAUCUGCUCUUUCACCUUCAGCUUUGCUGAAUGGAACCAUCUUUCCUGAAAACAAGUAUUUCCGUGGAUAUAGUAUACAUACAUGUGUGUACAUGUUCAUAUAUAUUUUAUAUAUAUUUAUAAAAUAUAUAUGAACAUGAAUAAGCACAUGUGCAUGUAUAUUAAUAUAUAUUAUAUAACCAUAUAUGUGUAUAUAUAUGUGUACAUAUAUAUAUAUAUAUAUGUUCUUCUACCUCUGCCAGUGGUUUCUCCACAAGGACUCCAUGGAGAUUAAAUUCAAGAUUUAAAUUAAGAAGGAGAAUUGGAUUUCCCGCACUCCAAACUGGGUAGCUCCCUGCUGUCUGGCUAGGCUUUGAAGGUCACUACAUUUCAGAGACUUUCAUUAAUAUAUAUUUUUUAAAUGAAGUACCACCAGCUGAUAACUUGUUAACCUUGAAUUCUAUACCACUUCUGAAGAAGAAAUAGCUCUGAAUCAUUUCUCUGGAGGCAGAUCAACAUUAACUCUGUAGCCAAGGGCAAUGGGAAAACUCCAUAGGGAAGUGUAGCAAAACCCUCAACCCCUCCAAGUGGAAUUUAGUACGCCACUGGAAAGACCAGGCAGAGAUGGCUAUUAGGAGCAGGAGGCAAAGAGACUGGCUUACUUAUAAGCGUUUGGUUGUGGACAGAGAGUUGGCAAGACUAGCGACUGGUGCAGAUACGUGUUGAGAGUUUCUAGCCCCACAAUUCUACUUCUUCUCAGAGCUGUCUGUUUCCUCUCCUCCUGAGGGCCUACUCUUGUCCCUGUAAAGAUACUCCAACUGUAAUCCCUAGGAGGAUUUCAUUCUUCCCUGUGGAGCAGGGACAAAUGGAGACCCUCGACUGUGACCAUCACAUUGUUAAUACGGAUUAACAAGUUAGACUGAUUCCUCUUUUCUGUGAAGGACCUCGUUUCCCAAGACUCACAGUGGCCAGUUACAUUUCUCUGCCUCAUCAGCUUUUUUGUUUAAAGGACCUGCACUCUAUGUGGUGGGAGGGCCAGUCCUUUAGCAUUUAAUAUUUAAUAAUUAUUUUUCUGCUGUAUUUAAUUUAUUUUUUUAUGAAAUCUCAAUAAAAAACCUUAUUUUUCAAA